CCUGACGAGGGACAACCAUUAUUAUUAUUAUUAUUAUUAUUAUUAUUAUUAAAUAUGAGAAAUACGUUAACUUUGGCUAGGUAAGUUAGUCACUUUAGGUUAGCUUAGCUUUAGUAAGUGUGGGUGCUAAUAUUUCAUAUGGAAGGUUGAUGGGAAGUGUUUCAUUGUUUAGUGUUCAGUCACAAGGAAGCAUUUGUCAGCAAGUCAUGCAGAAAUAUGGUAAGUGGGAAAAAAACGAAAACUACAAUUCCUCCUCCCGAUUCCGAUUUGGUGUACCGUAUUCUUGAGGUAGGAAAUACAGUACAGUAUUACUUAACUUGAGGCUUUGACCUCUAAUGGGGCAGCCAUCUAGUAACUGUAGAUAUUCACAUUUGACUACAUAAUUAAUUCCCUUUGAAUGCUUGUAAAUUUACUGUACAGUAUUUUAAAAUGUCCCAUUCCAUUCUGUAGUACUGUACUGUAAUGUAUUAACUUGGCAAUUGUGGACGUUCAGGUCUCUUGGUGAGUGAGGUGUGUGAGUGCUGGCACCAGGUUGGUGGUCCUCCUUUGGAGGUUUUCAGUCAAUUGGUUGUCCUCGGUGUGUCGUUGAGACCCAUCAGAACUGCAGUACUGCACUGCAUACUGCACUUUUGAAAAGUCUGUCAGAGGGGAACAAUCUAAAUAUAUACACUCUCUCCAGGGACUGCCUGGACACCCUUAUAGAUUUUACUCAUCAGACUAAAAAUGAAAAAAAUUGGGGCCCAUUACGAUCACUUAGGCACUUGAGGGGACUUGUCAUACAGGGGCAAAGAAGCAAGUUGGUCACUCAAACAAAGAUAGACACUUUUUUCAAGCCAAGACCCUCCAGCUGUGUCUCCUUGCCCUGAGCAUCAACCUCCUUGGCUGAGGAGGUUCCUCUUCCUAUCCUUGACUCAGACUCAGAGUGAGGCAUGUCCAUUUUUGGGGGCAGUACACUACAGCACUUACAGCCAAGAGAGGACAUCUCAACAGUGCACAAUGGUCAUUAAGCAGAUUUAUAGAGUUUCCCUCUGGGACAAAGAUAAGGUGAUGCCCAUCCUGACUGGGAUCCACUUAGCCCCAGGCAGUGCGGAGUAUGAACAAGUCAGCACUCAGCCUUCAUCAUCCCCAAGCAAAGAGCACUGUUCCAUUGGUCUUCCUAUGUUUCAACCAAGUUUACCGACCACGUUGACGGAAAUGCGCUGUUCAUAUUGCCAGACUACCUUUAACGACCGUCAGGAACAGGUGAAUCACUACCGUUUGGACUGGCACCGCCGUAACCUGCAGCUCUCCUUACAGGGCAAAUCUCCACUCACUGAAGAACAAUUUAUGAGUGAAUCAAGUGAUGUCUCCAGUAUAUCAGGAUCAGAUGAUGACUCAAGUGAAGACGAUGAUGAUGAUGAGGACAAAGACAGUGAGUCAAGAAACCAAGUACUGGGGAAGCAGGCAAGGCUGUUCUUUCUUAAUGCAGAUGGCAAUGUUAUAUCACUCUUUAGGAAUAUUUUGUUUAAUGCAAAGUGUGAAAUGGAUGGAGAAGAGGACGUGAUACAGCGGGUGCAGGCGGCCCCACGGAGACACACCUGGGCUAUUAUUCUCCUGGGUGGUGGACAUUAUGCUGCUGCCAUCUUCAGAGCGAAUGAAGUUGUCAUCCACAAAACAUUCCACAACUACACAGUGAGAGCCAAGCAAGGUGGAAGCCAGAGUUCCAAGGACAACCAGAGUGGCUCAGCUCACCCCAAGUCAAGUGGGGCAUCUCUGAGGCGCUAUAAUGAACAGUCUCAGCGUCAGCACAUUCAAGAGCUGAUGGAGUCCUGGAAAACACAUCUGACAAACUGUGACUUGAUCUUCUAUAAUGCCAAACACCAUAAUCGGAGCACACUGUUUAGUGGUAAGACGCCCAUCCUUAAUAUCCAAGAUAACCGGCUAAGAAAGAUUCCCUUUACCACCAAAAGGGCGAAGUUUUCAGAGGUGAAGAGGAUCUUUGGUUUACUCUCAGAAAUUUUGGUGCAUGGGACUGAGGAAGAGUUCAAAGCCAUGGUGAAAGAUUCCAUCUCUCCUGGAGAAGUUAAACCAACUGUGAAGAAGAAAAAAGAAGUAAGCGGAAAGAAACCGGAAAAGAAACCAAAGUCAAUGAGAAACAAAUCACCAGAUAAUUUGAAAUCUUCAUCCAGUGAGUCUGAUUCAGAUGGUGACAUGGAACUUUUGGUCAGUUUAAGUACAUUAAGCACCAGUGAACUUGGGGGACCACACUGUUCUUUUAAAGGACCUCUAAGGAAAAAAGUGGUUGAAGCCAAGAAGAUGAAAGGAAAGAAGAAACAGAGGAACACAAACACCACUUGUAGUGCAACAGAUACACAAAGUCGUCAGCACAAGCUUCGUGUGUGGGAUGUGAUCUACACAGCUUGUAAGACUGCCAGUAUAGAGCGCCUUACUACAGCACUCAAAAUGCCUUGUGCAGAUAUGCCUGAAGGUGAAGCUCUCCCAGAUGAUAUUAUGGAGUCUAUUGCACAUACUGAAAUUCCAUCCAAUCUCAGUGCCAUCACCUUGGGGAGGAAAGAGAGAACGAUGCUUCAUUUGGCUGCAGAAAACGGUCACAAGGACAUUGUAUGGUGGUUAUUGGAGCGUGGAUGUGACCCCAGCGUUGCCGACACAGACAGAGUAGUGCCAUAUGAUACAUCUUAUGACAAGGAGACUCGAAAUCAGUUCCGUCGUUUCAUGGCAGAUUACCCGGACAAGUACGAUUAUAAAAAGGCCAGAGUACCCAGUCCUCUGGCACCUGACCAAGAGGCACAACAAGCAGAGAAGCUGGCCCAGAGAAGAAAAGCACAGAGGCAGGCCAAGCAGGAGAGACAGAAGGAAAAGAAGCAGAAGAAAAGAGAAUUGAAAAAGGAGGAUGAAGAAAAGAAACAAUUUUUGGAGCUGAGUGAUAGAGAGAAGCGUGCAUUAGCUGCUGAGCGUCGGUUUCUUCAACAGCAAGAGAAAGUGGAAGCACCAAAAUCCUGCCUGCAGCGGUGCUUCAUGUGUGCUGCAGACAUCUCAGGUAUAGUGCCCUUUGAGUACAGUGAUAAUAAGUUCUGUUCGACAAAGUGUGUGAGAGAACAUAGAAUUAAAAAACCUCAGUAAUUAUGAACAUUAUGAUUACUGUUUCUUAUUAGCUAGAAUAAGUAUAAGUAUAACUUUUUUUGUGUCUGCUUGUGAUGAUUGCUCUCUGAAAAAUGCUAUCAACAGAAUUAUAGGAUAUGAUUGUUAAUAGUGAUAUUAAACCACUCCAUCAUGUGCAUCAUUGCUGAUGUGGAUUGUGUCCGUUCCUGUUGUAAAGGAUAUGCCUUGUUCUACAUCAUGUUACUGUAGUCACAAUAUCAUAAGUUAAUUAGGCUGAAAUAUUGUGCAUUGGAUAGAAUUAGUGGCAUUGACAUACAAAAGCUUACAUCAUGGCAUUGCAGUACAGCUCCUCCCCGACUUACGACCUACUCAACUUCCGACCACCCGGACAUACGACCGCCUCGGUCGUACCAAAAUUUUGACAAAUUGCGUAUUUUCGAGUCCCAACUUCAGUGAUUGCG